GACAAGUCUUAUAUUUUUCAAAAAAUAAGAAGUGAAAAUAUAGAGGCCACAAGAAGAAGAGCGCCAAUCUGAGUAGAGAUAAGGUUUUCUUGUUUGCUCUACAACAAGUAACCCAAUCCCUUGGCACUUUCAAUCCCUUCAACUCUCAUUCAAAGGGAGAAGAGAAGUGUGUACAAAAUAAAAAUCCAAUCUUUUGCAGUAAAGAAUCUUGAAGAGUGAGAGGAGCGUUUGGAUUGAGUUCAAGGCUAAGUAUCUAUCUCUUCUUUCUUCUUCUUCUUUAAACCCUAAUAAACAUCUAAUCCAAAGGAAAGAUAGCCAUGACAACUCUUCAAGCUUCUCUUAUCUUUAAGCCUUUACCUCUUCUUUCCCAUUUUUCUUCUUCAUCAUCCAAACAUGUCCUUGCCACCCUUUCUUUCUCCAACCCCACAACUCCUUAUCUUCGUUUAACCACAACAACUCCUUUCAAGACUCGUUUUUGCCACCACAAAUUACUUCUUCAUUGUACAUUGAAUCCUGAAAAUGUCAAUUCCUUAUCAAAUAAUGACAAUUCUAUUCAAGAUAUUCAACCCCAAGAAAGCAAUUCCAUUGACUCAAAUGGUGGAGUAGUGAGUCAUGUGGAAUCUGAGGUUAUAGUGGAGAAUGAGGAACUGAAGAAAAAGCUGCCUAUAGUUGUUUUCUUGAUGGGGUUAUAUGCUAAGGUGAAGAAAGGUUUUGAGAAUAUUUUGUUGUCUGAUUGGUUUAGUUGGUGGCCCUUUUGGCAGCAAGAGAAGCGUUUGGAGAGAUUGAUAGCGGAGGCCGAUGCUAAUCCAAAGGAUGCUGCUUUGCAGAGUGCUUUGCUUGCUGAACUCAACAAGCAAAGCCCUGAGUCUGUCAUUCGGCGCUUUGAGCAGAGAGCUCAUGCUGUAGACAGUAGAGGAGUUGCAGAAUAUAUGCGAGCUCUUGUCACGACAAAUGCUAUUGCUGAUUAUCUACCUGAUGAGCAAUCUGGAAAGCCUUCUAGUCUUCCUUCACUGUUGCAAGAGUUGAAGCAACGGGCAUCAGGGAGCAUGGAUGAACCCUUUCUCAAUCCUGGCAUUUCCGAGAAGCAGCCAUUACAUGUUGUGAUGGUUGAUCCUAAAGUUUCAAGCAGAUCAUCACGUUUUGCGCAAGAGUUUCUCUCAACUAUCAUAUUCACUAUUGCCAUUGGCUUGGUCUGGAUAUUGGGUGCUACAGCACUUCAGAAAUAUAUUGGUGGCUUAGGUGGGAUAGGAGCUUCAGGUGUUGGUUCAAGCUCAUCCUAUGCCCCGAAAGAGUUGAAUAAAGAAAUAAUGCCAGAGAAGAAUGUCAAAACGUUUAAGGAUGUCAAAGGUUGUGAUGAUGCUAAGCAAGAGCUCGAGGAGGUUGUUGAGUACCUAAAAAAUCCUUCUAAGUUCACUCGGCUUGGGGGAAAGUUGCCGAAGGGAAUUCUUUUGACUGGAGCACCUGGAACAGGAAAAACUCUCCUUGCCAAGGCUAUCGCUGGAGAAGCAGGGGUCCCUUUCUUUUAUAAGGCAGGCUCUGAAUUUGAAGAAAUGUUUGUGGGAGUUGGUGCUCGGCGUGUGAGAUCUUUGUUUCAAGCUGCUAAGAAGAAGGCUCCAUGCAUCAUAUUUAUUGAUGAAAUUGAUGCUGUUGGAUCAACUCGAAAGCAGUGGGAAGGCCAUACUAAGAAAACACUGCAUCAAUUACUUGUGGAGAUGGAUGGUUUUGAGCAAAAUGAGGGCAUAAUAUUGAUGGCUGCGACAAACUUGCCUGAUAUUCUUGAUCCUGCCUUGACAAGACCCGGUAGAUUUGAUAGGCAUAUUGUGGUUCCCAACCCAGAUGUGCGGGGUCGUCAAGAGAUCUUAGAGCUUUAUUUGCAAGACAAACCAGUCAGUGAUGAUGUCAACGUGAACGCGAUUGCUCGUGGAACACCAGGAUUCAAUGGAGCAGAUUUGGCAAACCUGGUGAAUAUUGCUGCCAUUAAGGCUGCUGUUGAAGGUGCUGAGAAGGUAAAUGCAUCACAGUUGGAGUUUGCAAAAGAUAGAAUAAUAAUGGGAACAGAACGCAAAACCAUGUUCCUGUCAGAAGACUCAAAGAAGCUAACUGCAUAUCACGAGAGUGGCCAUGCAAUUGUUGCCUUGAAUACUGAAGGUGCACAUCCAAUCCAUAAAGCUACAAUCAUGCCUCGCGGGUCUGCUUUGGGAAUGGUUACACAGCUUCCUUCAAAUGAUGAGACAUCAAUCAGCAAAAAACAGUUGUUAGCACGCCUUGAUGUUUGUAUGGGAGGAAGAGUAGCUGAGGAGCUGGUCUUUGGUCAAGACAAUGUAACUACUGGGGCUAGUAGUGACCUGAACACAGCUACAGAACUUGCUCAUUACAUGGUAUCAUCCUGUGGGAUGAGUGAUGUAAUUGGACCUGUUCACAUCAAAGAGCGGCCGAGUGCUGAGAUGCAAUCACGUAUUGAUGCUGAGGUGGUUAAACUUCUAAGAGAAGCGUAUGAUCGUGUAAAGGCUCUCCUAAAAAAGCAUGAAAAGGCUCUGCACAGUAUGGCCAAUGCACUUCUAGAGUAUGAGACGUUGAGUUCAGAAGAAAUAAGGCGGAUUCUUCUCCCUUUCUCUGAAGACCGUCUCUCUGAACAACAGCAGCAGCAGCAGCCUCAGGACGAAGAAGCACUCGCAUUAGCUUAGGUAUGGCUUGCUCUUCCAUGGGUGAUCAUCUCAGCUGGUGUAGGGGGCUAUAUUGUACAGUGUAUACGGAGCACUAGUUUUGAUUAUUUCGUCAACAGGUCUUCACAAAUUCUUUCUUUCGUCUUUGUUGUAACAUAUUUAGGACUUUCCAUUUCCUGGCAGUGACAAAACAGGUAGCUUCAGUAGAAUGUUGUACGCCUUGGUAGGAAUUCAGGUUAAUUUUUCAGCCGUUUUUUAAUUUAAAAUACCCUGUAUUGGGCAAAAUUUUGCAUGUAAACUCGGGAACUGUAUAUCUAUUUAUUGGGAAUAAGAUGUCCUAUUUAACACCA